CCGCCCUGUGUCACCUGAGCCCAGGACUUAGGACAGAGGGAGGGCCCUGCUCACAGUCAAAACCCCUCGCUCUGCCUUCGCUGCUAAUCUCACUCUGUGUCCACUGCUCUGUGCCCGCUGCUCUUCCCUUCUGUGUCUGCAGCUCCCUGCCUGCUGCUCCGCCAUGAGCGCUCCCGUGGUGCUGUGUGGUGGGACCUCCGAAACCCGCGCUGCCACGGCCGAGAUCCAGGCCAUCGCCGACAAGGUGAAGUCCCAGCUGGAGGAGAAGGAAAACAAGAAGUACCCAAAUUUCAAGGCCACAGAGUACAAGAGCCAAGUGGUCGCGGGGACUAACUACUUCAUUAAGGUGGAGUUCGCUACAGGGGUUCAAGUUGCAGAUAAUGACUUCGUGCACCUUCGAGUGUUUCAAAGUCUCCCUCAUGAAAACAAGGCCUUGGCCUUGGACAGUUAUCAGACCAGCAAGACCAAGCAGGACGAGCUGGCCUAUUUCUAGUUCUGGAUUUUGAACUGAACCUUCACCAUGUGGUUCUCGGUCACGUGUUCGCGUGUCGGGGUCAUGAAUGCCGUCUCUAUGCUGUGCCACGUUCGCUGGAGGGGCUGCUCUGCACCAAUCUGGUGUCUCUGCCUCUGACUUUAACAGCAUGAUUUUCCUCCCAAUCAAUGAUCUUAACUAAAUUGCUUUCCAAGAGGGCUGAAGUGAUCCCUACAUAAAUACAUUUUUAAGUUUUUGCAA